GGAAGCCGGAGGAGGCCGGGAGGAAGCGGAGGAGGGAGCGGGAGGCGGCGGCGUUGGGUCCCGUCGGCCUCCGGCAGGACUGACAGCUGAGAAGCCGGAAGGCAGGCGCGCGCGGCGGAGAGGCGGGAGGGAGGCCGGAGGUUAUUUAAUGAGAAGUGCCAUAGACUGAAAAACGAAACAUGAGGGUAGCAGGUGCUGCAAAGUUGGUGGUAGCCGUGGCAGUAUUUUUACUGACAUUUUAUGUUAUUUCUCAAGUAUUUGAAAUAAAAAUGGAUGCAAGUUUAGGAAAUCUAUUUGCAAGGUCAGCAUUGGACACGGCAGUGCGUUCUACAAAACCUCCCAGAUAUAAAUGUGGAAUCUCAAAAGCUUGCCCUGAGAAGCAUUUUGCUUUUAAAAUGGCAAGUGGAGCAGCCAAUGUGGUGGGACCCAAAAUCUGUCUGGAAGACAAUGUUUUAAUGAGUGGCGUUAAGAAUAACGUUGGAAGAGGGAUCAAUGUUGCCUUGGCAAAUGGAAAAACAGGAGAAGUAUUAGACACCAAAUAUUUUGACAUGUGGGGAGGAGAUGUGGCCCCAUUUAUUGAGUUUCUGAAGUCCAUACAAGAUGGAACAAUAGUCUUAAUGGGAACAUAUGAUGAUGGAGCAACCAACUGUCAGCUUCAGACCUGUUUCCCUUCUUCUGAUAAAUUGUGGCGAUACCUCAGAACUAAGACAGGAUAUUUCUUCUUUAACUGACGUUUAUUGGUGCCCAUCAUAUAUAACAAGAGCAGAAUCAGAAGACAUUCAGCCUGUAAGGCAAAAGUAGAAAUCUACAUUUUGAUGUCUUGGAGUGCCUGGAGGCUCAGCUGGUUAAGCCUCCAACUUUGGCUCAUGAUCUCACGGCUCAUGAGUUUGAGCCUGACAUCUGGCUCUCUGCUGUCAGCAUAGAGCCUGCUUCAUAUCCUCUGUCCCCCUCCCCUGUGCGCUCUCUCAAAAAUAAAUUUAAAAAAGUAAAUAAAUUGUGAUGUCUUUAUACUUAGCCAAUAUAUGGUUCAACCUCUGUAUAUUUAAAUGAUUUCAAUUGUCUGCAUUUUCAGUUUGGGUACAUGAAUUUGUAUUUUGAAUAUUUCCUUUUUCCAAACACCAGUGAAAUAAAUUGUAAGUAUUGUGUCCUUUAUACAAAAAUGGACACGCAGUCUUUAUAAAUGGCCAUCUGCAUCUAUUAAAUGUAAUGGAAUUGAAGCAUACACCUUGGCAGAUAUCUGUGGAACAUUUGAAGUGUGAUUCAUCAGCUGUGGUAUACCCAGUCUUCUAUGGGAUUAGAAGCUGUCUGUGCUUCAACUGAUGUGUUAAGGGCUUUUCUUUCCAUAAGGCUUCUGGAUUUUACUUCAUAGGAAUGGUUUGUUUUCCUGCUUAUACCCAAUACCCAAAAGAGUUUAGAAUUUGAAAUGGAUGUGCCUACUGUCUCCAAGACUGGGAGUUGGUAUGGGUUCUCCAUAGUUGUCCCUGCCUGAUCCCAGUUACUGCUAUCAGCAGUGAGCUCCUUGGCUGUACAGUGAACUUGUGAGAGUGUUUGCGAUUGGUCUCCAUCAUAGCACUUCCCAGAGUGUGUUCUAGUGGGAUCCCAGCCCUUUAAACCUGUAAUGGUCAAAUAAGUUUGGGGGAUGGCACCUUGCAUUUUGCCUCUUUCAGGGAUUUACAAUGCAAGGCCCUGAAGUUUGCCCCUAAGGAAACCUCUUUACCUUUGUUUAUCCCAGUGUUCCUUGAUUGUAACAAGGAAGCCCAUUUUAAGAACAAAACAAAACAAAACACACACACAUACAAAAACCCCUAUAUUUAAGAAAAGGUACAUUUUGGAGAGUGCAGAUCUCUAAUGAUGCCUACUUCCUCCCCCUCCCCCGACCUACCCUUCUAAAAUAAAUUAUUUGUUUAUUUAAUGAAGAACUUUAAUAGUUUGAGCAAGCUAAAUUUUGCUAUCGUAGCCCUCCUUUUGGAGACAACACUCUAUGACAUGUUAGCUUCCUGGCUAAGUGAAAGGUUUAAAUGUGGGUGACCUGAAGUAAGUGAUCCUAAGUCAUUUGACAAAGCAUCCAAGCCACGGUUGGGGGUUGGGGGGGGAAUUCCCGUGGAACUCGUUUACAAAUCUCUCCGCUGAACUGCUCACCUCUGAAGGGCACCAGUAUCUCAUCAUUGCUCUAUCUGAAACAAAACAGAGCAAAAAAUUAUUCUUAAGUAAACAUUACGUUCUCAGGGUUGGUCUCCUUCUAAAUACCACCUGGUAGUCUUAGCUUGGGUAAAUGGAGCAAUAAAUAUGUUCCCCAAAUCAUUUGAUACUUCAUGUUUGAAACUAAUUAGCAUUUCUCUUUCAUUUUUCCGUUUUCCUGCACCAUACACAGGACCCUUGUCACCUUUCAUCAUGUUAAGUUUCUGGGUUGGUUUACCCUCUGGGCUGCAUUUUUUUGGGCAUCAGCUCUCUGGUUGAUUAUCAGCUCUCUUAAAAUGAGUGCCCCAGAUCAAACACAGGGCUCCAGAUGUGGUCUGGCCAGUGCAGGGGAGAUGCUAGCUUUUACCGUUCUGGAGAUUACAUUUCUUUGAAUAUUCAUGCAGACUAGUAUUGUAUUAGUUUUCUUUAAAUGGUCAUAUCACAUUUUUGACUCAUGAAUUUUUGGUUAAGUUAAACUCUUAGAUCAUUUCAUUUGAUCUCAGACCUUUUUUUUUUUUUUUUUAAACCACUGCCAAGUCAGGUCUUUCUCCCCAUUGAGUACUUGCUUUUGUUUAAUCUAAAUGAAGGGCUUCAUUUACCCUUGUUAUCCUUGUUACAUUCAAUUUUGCUGAUUUUAGCCCAUUAGGUCAUGAUUCUGACAUUUGUCCUAUGAGAUUUCCAUGAUCCAGGCUUUGUAGUCUCUCCAGAGUUGUUCUUGUGUCUAAAUCGAAGUCAUUGAUGAAACUGUUCGCCAAGGGCAGUGUGCCACCCUACUAGGGGCCUCCUCCAAGGGAUUCAUCUACUGAUCAUCUACAGAAACUUUUUUAAACAGCUGCCAGUGCACCCUAAUAGGCAUAUCAUCCAGCUGCUGCUUCAUUAUUUUAUUCAUAGAGGCUAUUUUCUAAGACUCUCAGAUGCUCACUUGAAACUCAUGAACUAUGCUAAUUACAGUAGCCUAAUCUACCACCCGAAAACCUCUUUACAUGGUGAAAUGCCUGAGAUGACAUUAACUUGGCUUGAUUUAUUUCUCCCUCCUCCUCACUACCCCAUCUUUGCUCUUCCUCCUUUUUUUUUUUUUUUAAUGUUCACAGGAUCUCCUUGCUGUCAUCCAUUCUAGAAUUUGCUAAGAAUUGGAAGUAGUUCUAUUGAACCAUUUUUUCUAAAAAUUUCCUUGCCUUUUUUGAAGACUGGAGUAACUUUUAACGAUCUAACACCUUCAUUUUCCAUAAUGCUUCUAAAAUAAUGGACAUUGCCUUGAAGAUGAUAUUAAUAAGUCCCUCGGAAUUUAACUGUGUGAUGUGUGUAGGCCUGGAGGCUUCCCUUUACUUUAAAGCACUUAUAUAGACAUUCCUGAACCACUCUUCCCUUUUUAUGUUGAUCAGAGUGUUUGCCUCCCUGGAAAGGACAGGCAUGCUUUGAUCUCGAUAUUAUAUUGUUCUUGUGAAACAGUGGGUCACUUCGUUGUUUGUGCUUAGUAGCAGAAGUUCUUUCUGUGGCCUUUUAUAGUUUUAGGAGCCUCAUCUUAUUCUGAGCACUACAGGUCUUCCUGGUAGUAGUAUUCAAAGUUUUGCCAUCAGUAAUAUGAUUUGCCCUACAUUUUUGGAUGCUUUUCUGAGUUUGAGCCCAUCAGAGAACACUCCUAUAGCAGCACUAAUUUAGAACCUAUCCUUCUCUUUUCUGGGAUUGCUAGCAAUCAUACAGUGAAAAUUAUUGGGAGUUUUGGUUUGUUUUUGAAGAGUCUUCUUCUCUCAUAAGAGCUUUUAAUCUGAACUUUGUAUGAUGUGCUCUCUUUAAAGUCCAGGCUCCGGGGUCACCUGUACCUAGCGUUGCUUAUUCUUCAGUUUCCGGAGAUAGUAUGGUGAUUUUCUUCCAGAGUUCUUGACACCUCCACUUUUACUUCCCAAGUGCUUCUUCCCUGUUGGUCCACAUUGAGCCCAGGACAUUAAUUCUCCAUGUUGCUUUCUGUGCUUUUCAAGACAGGGUGCAUCGGCCUGUUGUGAUGGUGUGACCGUGGGGCUCUCAGCGGCUCCUUUUUCCCCAGGAAAGAUGGAGGCAGAUCUCUGAGUCGCCCCCUCUCCAGUACCCACUUCCUCUAUUGUACUCCAGAUUGCCCCUGUGUAGCUGUAGAAUCUCUUCUAGGAAAACCUGAUCCCUGUCUCUGCUUUCUUGUUUGUCACAGGAUAAUUUUUAAUUAAUUUUAAAGAAAAUGUAGUCCGUUGAAAUUUUUCACAUCUCUGCUAAUUAAGACCAUUGGUAGAGAUUAAUGUAUAUGUAACACACUCAUGGGGGUCCUAUAUAGAAUAAAAGCUUAUAUUUUUAAAAUGUAUGCUAUGUAUAUAUUAGUUACACUGGCUUUUAAAGAAAUGGGAGGGGCUCCUGGGUGGCUCAGUUAAGCAUCUGACUUCAGCUCAGGUCAUGAUCUCCCAGUUCGUGGGUUCAAGCCCCACAUCAGGCUCUGUGGUGACAGCUCAGAGCCUAGAGCCUGCUUGGAUUCUGUGUCUCCCUCUCUCUCUCCCCUCCCCUGCUCCUGCUCUGUCUCUCUGUCUCUCUCAAAAAUAAAACAGCAUUGAAAAAUAAAAUAAAGAAAUGGGAUAUUUUGAUACCUAAUGUGUAUUGAAUCAAGUGCUGAGAAUAUUGGUUACGUUGCAUGAUUUUAAACUUCUUUUUGAACCAUGAAAUCAUCUUUUACUAAAAUAAAAGAUGUCGGAAAGGAAUAAUGAAAUCCUCCAAGUUCUAUGUAGGCAAAGCAGACAAUUUUAGAAAUUACUGAGAAACUUACCUUGUUCUAAAACUGUAGUGGAUACUCAUAGGGGCAAGGGGUGGGGGCGCCUGGACCACCCCAGGUUUGAGGGUUUGCUAGGACUAGCAUGUGGUCCUGCUCGCCUCAUGACUGCUAUUUGUUACAGCAAAAGCAAAAUCAGCAAAAAAGGGAAAUACGCACUGAGCAUAGUCUGGUGGGAACCAGGCUCACGUUCCAAGAGUCCUCUCCCAGUGGAGCCACACAGGACAGGCUUCAUUCCUCCAGCACCAAACAGUGACAACACUGUGAAAUGCUGUCUUGUAGGAAAGCUUACUGGGGACUCAGUGUCCAGGGAUUUUACUGGCUACUGGCCACAUAGGCACCCUCUGCCUGACACAUCCCCAGAUUCCAGACUCCCAGAUGUAAAGUAGGUGUUCAGCAUAGACAGCCUUGCUUCUGCAGUACAGGCACAGUGACCCAUCCCAAGCAGUUCUGGGAAUGGGGGGAGCCCUCCCCAAAUCCAAGUGUCCAGUUGCCAGCCGGGGACCAACCCGCUGUUAGGCCUUUCUAAAGAUAGCCCUCGUAGGCCGGCUUUGUUGCCCUCUUCUGCACAGGACCGCAGGGUGUUCUCAUGGGAAAGGAAGUAAAGAGAUGAAGGGAGGGAGUCAAAACAAAGCCAUUUUCAAGUUGCUUCUGGAUCUCUGGCUAAAUUGGCCUAGUUUACUCAUGUACAUCAAGAUGACUGGUUCUGAAAUUCAGAAGUAAGGAAGUAAAAAUGAUUGCCCUUCAAUAUAUUUCUUAAUUGAUAUAAAAUUCAUAGAUGAAGAAGAUUUUAUUCAUACUUUUUACAGGGAGCCAGGCCUGCAGUCGGAGAAACCACCGACUUUGCAAGCAGUUUUUAUUUUACGUAUAAAACAGUCUCUUGGCAUCUGUGAACUUCACCUUCAGCUAUUUAGGAGCAACCCCAAAGCCCAUGAGGUGCCAAUUGGUAAUUACUCUGAGAUGUAAAUGUGAAUCAAACCCCAGAGCCUCAGGGCGCCUGGGUGACUCAAGUCAGUUAAGCUUCCAACUCAGCACAGAUCAAGAUCUCCCAGUUUGUGAGUUCAAGCCCCGCGUCACGCUCUAUGAUGACAGCUCAGAGUCUGGAGCCUGU